CAAUGGACCGAUGAAGUCAUUUUUACCACUUACACCUCCCUUGCCGGAAAUUCGCUGGAUGCCAUUCUCAUUGAUUACGACAAGGCCUGGUCCCCGUCAUUAGUGCUUGUCAACGCGGUUGAUACGGUUAAAAAUAUAGGAGAUACAACUUACAAACUGAUGUACAACCCUGAUGACCAAACGGUAAAAUGGGAACCAAGAAUUUUGCUCCGUGGUUCGUGUACUCCGGAUGUUACGUAUUACCCUUUUGAUAGGCAAGUGUGUGACUUUACAUACACGGCAUGGGGCUACAUGUCCGAAGAAAUCCGCCUGCAAAUUAUGACGACAGAAUGGGAUAUGUCUGACUACGAGAAGAACGGUGUAUGGAAGGUCAUCUCAACAAACUCGGAAAUCUACCAGUAUGGAGGGUCUGAUUACGUCAAAUUUGAGAUUACAAUUCAAAGACAACCUCUGUACUUCACCUUCAAUAUCGGACUUCCCAUUUUAUUACUGUUAAACGGUUUUGUCUUCUUGCUACCGGCCGAGAGCGGGGAACGAAUUGGAUUCUGUAUCACGUGUUUCCUGUCGUUCGUGGUCCUGAUGCAGACGACAAUGCAGUUUCUGCCUCAGAUCGCGAGCCCGAUGUCACUGCUGUGUGUCUACGUUUUCUUGAUGAUGUGUUUCAGCGUAUUCAUCAAUAUUGUCACUGUGCUAAUGUUGAGGAUCUACCACAAACCAGAAAAGGAGAAGGUACCGAAAUGGAUGCAGAGGUUUACACAAAUUAUCAGAUGUCAAAUCUGCAGAUGUAAGGACCGUGAUAAACCCCAGAACGAAGUGGACUGGCCCUCGGUCGCUCGCCUGCUGGACACGUUUUCUUCAUAGCAUUCAUCGCUGCGCAGUGCGCACUCACGUUCUUCUUCCUAAUACCGCUGGGAACGCAGUGAUUGAUCUGAUGUGAUCUUAUUUUUUUGGACAUUCAGUUUACCUGCACCAGCAUUUACAACAAACCUAUUCCUUACACUUUAGCAUUUGUCUGUUAAAUAUUUUUUAUUUGUCUGUCUU